AUGCAAUUCUAUUCUUCUAUCAAUGCGUUGGGAACAGCCAAUCUUAUUCACCGAUGGGUGGUCGAUCACCCCAGCGGUGACCAGAGUGCGAUCGAAUCCGACGCAUCGGGGCCGGCCACAAUGCAAGGGCAGUGUUGGCCCACAAGCGGCACUGGAGCAGCCCCAUCGCAGCCUCGUGGGAUGCUUGCGCCUUUUUAUACUGUCCGGAUAGCUUUGGCACACAGCCGACACCCACAUCAUAAAAGCUUAAAUAAAAGCCGAUCGCGCCCCUACGAUGAGGGAUGGGACGACCAUGAUGAGACGCUAGGAAUGCCAACCUGCGCUGAAAUCGCGUGGCACAGCGGCGCUAUAUUAGUUGAGAUUAUUAUUAUAUAUAUCAAUGUGUUGGGAAGUAGUCGAAGUACUUGUGGAGGCCAAUUUAUUCGCCGACGGGUAAUCACCCCGACUAGUGGUGACCGGAGCACGAUCGAAUAUGACACGGCACAACAAGUAGAACAAGUAUUGGGUCCACAAGCGCCACGAAAACAGCCUCACCGCCAACUUGAAUGGGUCGAGGCGCCAUGGGAUGGUCGGGACACGCAUGCAGUGGGGCCAUGGAGCUUUCAGGGUGCAGUUCUAGAGAGCGGCGCUUGAUCAAAAGGAAAGGGAAGUUGGGUUCCAGAAAACGAUAGCUGAAAAAUGGCAAGCUUUGACGUACAGCCGACACCCACUUGCCUGCAUCCUAAGAGCUUAAUUAAAAGCUAAUCGCUCCCCUUGAGGAACGGGAUGACCGUCGUGAAACCACAGCGGCGCUUACCGUGGGCCAGCGAUCGCUGCAACUCGUGCAUGAUUACGACUUACAUAUGAGGUCCUAUAAGUCAGCAAGCAGGGGUCGUACUAAUUCUCUCGCUGUCAUAACCAGUCUGGGUCAUGCUAACGCGCAUGCUGGAAUUCGCGGUUGACA